AUGGCCAUCUCCGCUGCCUCCGCCUACUCAUCCUGGGUGUCGUCCAGCACAGUGCCAUGCGUGUGUCCAUCUAGUGAGAUAAAAAUCACUGAAAAGAAGUUGGACUACUGGUCGGAAGCAGAAGCGUUCCUUCCGCCCAUGGCUACAGGGGUGGCGGUUGACCACGGGGCCUUAAGCCGAGACCAUUCAAGGGACAGGAAGACCGGCUCUCCUCUCGGAUACGCGUACGUCAACUUUCGCUAUCGAGAUGACGCUGAGAGAGCCAUCGAUAUGUUCAAUUUUGAACUCCUCCUGGAGAGACCCAUGCGUGUCAUGUGGUCUAACUGGGAACCCACCGCCAAGCCCAUCAAGGGAGGGAACAUAUUCAUCAGGAACCUUGAUUGGUCCAUUGACUGCACCUCCCUGUUUGACACUUUCUCUGUGUUCGGGAGGAUCGUGUCAUGCAAGGUUGUGGAAUCAAAAGGUUUCGGGUACGUUCAGUACGAGUCAGCGGAGGCGGCGGCGCUGGCCAUCGAACGGCUGAACGGAAAACUCCUGAACGACCGGCAAGUCACCAUCGAGUACUUCAGGUCUUGGGAGGAGCGCAAGGUGGAGGUGCGCAGGGCCGAGGAACCCAAGGUGGAGGUACACAGGGCCGAGGAGCCCAAGGUGGAGGCACGCAAGGCAGAGGAGCCCAAAGUGGAGGCACGCCCCAGUUCCCAACACCAGGGCAAUAGAAAAUUUAUCAAGAAGAUUGGCCACACCAUCCACAGAAAGUGCCUGCAGAGAGCACCGAGCAUUGUGCAACACUGCACAAUGUACCACCAAAACUGCUCCAACCAGUGCUGCCUCCCUGGUUUGAAAGGAGCACCCCGGCUGUUGAGACACCUUGUGCAAAGGACACUGUCCAAACCGCCGAGGCAUCUGCCUCAGAGGACAUUGUCAACACUGCUGCCUCACAGAAUGUCCGUCCCGCCGAGUCCCCUGCCCCAGUAG